UUGCCGAAGAAGUCCUCUCGGCGGAGCACAGUCUUACGUGAGACAGCGUCGGGGCAACAUCGCCUCUCGGACAGCUGUAAGCCAGAGCAGCAUCGCUUCUUUUCAAUCCUGCUGAAACGAUGUUUCGUGACGCGCGUCGUUCGUGCGCCUAACGGAGUCGUUACAAUGCGCUCGCAGGAUAAAUUCUUACAGAAAAUUUGCUAACUCGCGCAAAACUUCGUAUCCCGAGAGUGUUUAUCGUGUAAAAUUUCGCGCAACUUUCAGUGCUGUUGGAAGCGCGCAAACGCGAAACAGUGUACGUUUAUGUGCGCGCGUGUGUGCCUGUGUCUCCGUGUUGUUGAGAGUUUCGAAAAGUUUGGCUCGCUGUGCGAGAAACUCAUCGCGAAGCACAUGCAUGACUAUUGUCGAUAUCGGAAAACUAUCCUUCGUCAAAGAACAAGAACGCUCUUCGAGUAAUAUCACUCUCGUGUACGUUUCGAAACGAUUGAUACGAUUUCGUGUAUUCUUACGUAUAUAUCCGUGUGCAAGUUGUGCGACCGUAACUGUAAACUCUUCCUCCACAACUCGCGUUCUCGCUUCAACCAAAGCGUAUAAAACUUGAUUCUCGUGCACAAUGACGAAUGUCAGUUAAACUCGAACAUUAAAUAAGUGUAAAACCUCCCGGUUUUUAAUACCUUUCGUGAACGUUGGCAGUUGUGUAUAUACGUGCGUCAGUGAUGAAGACGCGCUCGGUGAUUCAGACGAAACGCUAAACUCAUCGACGCAUGUACGCUUUAACGUUUAAUCGAUAUGCUUCGAGAAUUUUCCGCUUAAGUAAAAUACCGAAAUACAUUUCGAAGCUGAAACGGACACGUUUUUGUUCGUCGGACGUCAAAAAAGUUGCACCUUUCUUUGUUGCCUCGUUAACGGCUCUCCCGCCAAUUACCAAUCCGUGACAUUCGACUCUCGAUCGUGCGCAGUCGAUGAUCGACCAACGCUUCUCUUUCCCAACGAAGAUGCAUCCGGAGAAUAUACGCGACCGAAAACUUUCCGAAUACUCGCCGACAUGUUUAUCUUCUUCGUAAACUUACUGCUGCUAGCGGUCAACUUCGGGACUGCGAUUCGACGCGAAGAAGUGAUGAUUCUCGGGGCUGAACCCCGAGCCACGCUCCUCACCGAUCGCGACGCCAGCCCGAGAAAAUGCCGCUACGCUCAUCCCUAUUCCAUGCUACAAGCACGCUGCACCAAUCUCGGACUCGACGAAGUUCCUAAAAAUCUUCGGACGGAUAUUCAGAUUCUCGAUUUUUCGGUAAACCGCUUGAGGGACCUGCAGAACGAGACUUUCAGCUCGUACACGAGCCUCGCUUUCCUGUAUCUGCAAGACAAUUUCAUACAGACGAUCGAAGAAGGCUCGUUCGACCGGUUGCGGAGCCUGGAGGUGAUCGAUCUGACAAAAAAUGGCUGCCAGGAUUUUCCCAAGAGCACGCUCGCUCUGCCGUACUUGAGGAAGCUGUUUCUUUCGCAGAACAAAUUGAACGAUGCUUCGUUCGCGCCGACCUCAUUAUCGGAGGAAUCGAACUUGGAGUACCUCGAAUUAUCGAAAAACCAACUGAGGCGAUUACCAUCCUUCGGUAAUUUGCCAUCGUUGAAGUACCUCAACGUUUCGAAAAACUUGAUAACGAGCGUGUCGACUGAGGAUUUGGCGAGAUUUUGUUCCCUCGAGGUCCUCGACUUGACAGGAAACCCAAUAAAGUUCAACGAGACAAGCUGCGACUGUGAAAACUUCAAUUGGUGGAUCGAUAUUCGCCGGAUUAAAAUGAAACCGGAGAAAAUCGAUUGUGGCUCGAACGCGAAAAAAUCACGUCAAUGCACCGCUUCCAGCGAGCCGGAAAUCUCGAAAUUUUCCAACGAAACGAACAGGCUCUACGACUCUUGUCGGAACGUCAUUGAAACUCGUGCUGCAACUGCGAAAGCUCGCUCAACCUGGAUCCUCGUUGCAUCCUGCCUCGGAGUUUCUCUCCUCUUGCUAUUUAUCACGCUCUACUGCAUACACAAGAAAAACAACAGAAAAAAAGCACGACAACGAUUGAAGCAUCAGCAACAACUCGCACUGAACAACGCGAACACUGAAUUACUCAAUGGAAAUGUUUCGCCAGAACAGACCUGAAGAGAGAAGAGGACUGGAUCGUUCGAUCAUACGAGAAAAGCUUGAACCCUUUGUGCUUUUAUUUAUUUAUUUUCUUCUUCCUCUCGUAUUUCAGUCCCCGUUAUCUUUAGUUCCUCGAUCACAAGUCCAUCAGACUUUGUUCGCAACCGCGAAUUCUUGUCCUCGAAGAUUCGGGCGUUGGGACAAGCCGUGAUCGAUUGAAUUUCAAUCCGAACGAAAUUCAUUCGUCAUUUUCCGAACUGUUGAACGUUUACGAGUCCACGUGUGGUUUAGUCGUAUCAUGAAAAUUAUCAAUAAAUAAAUGUUGUCUUCGAAAGGAAAAAAGCAAACCGUGUAGUCAAUUGUUGAGGAAAUUUUGCAAAACUUUAAUGCAAUAACACACGCUUAAAAACAAUGGUUUUGAUUUUGUACUCUCAUUCUCAAGGGCUUUCUCGAUGAAUACACGAUGCAUCAAGGGUCUUGAACGACUCCGUCGCAAUCGUUUUUUUUUGUAAAAAAUUUUUUAAAUUUUUCACCAAAACUCUUUGCGAGUUCGACGUUUCAUUGAGAAACUUGUAACUAAAAAAGAAGAAAAAAAGGUAUUACAUUUUUUGUUGUUCUUAAAGCUUCGAUUUUUUUUUUUUUUUAGUUUCAAUAAAGAGCUCAAGAAGGAGGAUCGCGAUGCAAUUUUCUUCGCGUACUUGUGAUGGCACGGCUUAAACUUAUUUAUUCUCUAUAUGCAAUUGCUCGUCAUGAAAUUGUGGCAAAAUCUCGACUAGAGAGCUCUUACUGAAAGUAGCGAUGAAAACAUUUGUAGAGAUAAACGCGGCGUUAUGUACUUGACCGAUGAAUAAAACAGAAAACAAUGAGUUAAAUAAAUAACACUUUUUAUGUGAAAAAAUA